UGACUCCACCUUUCAGCCAUGGAAGACCGCGUCACAAUGAAAUCCUUAAUACAGUAGAAAAAAAGAUUGAGAUUUUUAUUUUGUGAUUAGAACUUCUGUUAUUGUUCGUUCUUGAACUCGUAGCUUCUGCAAGAAAUUGAUUCUUUGAUCUCUGUGAUGGAAAUUGCAACUACUAUUGGAGUUGCUAUUCUCUCUCCUGUUGUUGCGGCCCUGUUUCAUCAGUUGGCCUCCCAGGACUUGCUCAAGUAUGUCCGUCAAGGAAAAGUGCUCGCUGAGCUCAACAAGUGGAAGGAGAUUCUGGAGGAUAUAUAUGAGGUGCUCGACGAUGCAGAGGAGCAGCAGAUGAAGAGGAAGAACCAGCGGGUGACGGCGUGGACAAACAGGCUCACGGACUUGGCUUAUGAUGUGGAAGACAUUCUUGACGAGUUUCAGAUCGAAGCUCGUCGACGCGAGUUGAAAGCUGGUGCAAGUAAGGUACGAAAGCUCAUUCCUGCUUCUUAUUCUGGAUUGAAGUUCAGUGCUAAGAUGAUCUCCAAGAUAAAGGGAAUUACAACCCGAUUAGCAGAGAUUAGGUCACAGAAAAAUCUACUGGACUUGAAAGCGAUUCAUGGUGAGAGGACCAGUAGAAUGGGGGAUAGAUCCACAACCUGUUUGGUGAAUGAAGCAGAGGUUUAUGGGAGGGAGGAAGAUAAGAAAGCGAUACUUGAAUUUUUGAAUACUGAAUCAAGUGAUUCAGGAUUUUCUGUGAUUUCCAUAAUUGGGAUAGGGGGACUUGGCAAAACAACUCUUGCUCAGCUUGUCUUUAAUGGGGCCAAAUUGACGUUUGAUUUGACUGCUUGGGUUUCAAUUGGUGAAGAGUUUGAUAUUUUCAGAAUUACCAAGACAGUUCUUCUGUCGUUUGGUGGACAUUUUGAUGACGAAGAUUUGAAUUUGCUUCAAGUAAAAUUGAAGGAAAUGCUGUCUGAGAAGAAAUUCUUGAUUGUCCUAGAUGAUGUUUGGAAUGAAAAGUACGAGGAUUGGACACUCUUCUGUCGUCCCUUUGGAUAUGGGGCCAAGGGAAGUAGAAUCAUCGUCACAACUCGUGAGCAACAAGUUUCAAAGAUGAUGGGUAGUGCUCAAUCUUAUCUUCUAAAGGAGUUGUCAUAUGAUGAUUGUCUGUCUGUAUUUGCACAACAUGCUCUCGGAGCAACGAAUUUUGAUGGGCACUUGGAUCUGAAAGCAAUAGGUGAAAGAAUCGUGGAAAGAUGUGAUGGGUUGCCUUUGGCAGCGAAAGCAAUUGGAGGCGUCCUACGAGGUGAACGAAACCAGAAGGUGUGGGAAAAUGUGUUGAGCAGUGACAUUUGGGAGGACAAAACUGGUAUUCUUCCAGCAUUGAGAUUGAGCUACUACCAUCUUCCUGCUCCUUUGAAACGAUGCUUUGCUUACUGCGCAAUUUUUCCAAAAGAUUAUGAAUUCGAUAAGAAUGAGUUGGUUCUACAGUGGAUGGCGGAGGGAUGUCUACAGCAAAAGAGGGACAUGAAGCAAAUGGAAAACUUGGGUCAUGAAUAUUUUAAGGAUUUAUUAUUAAGAUCCUUUUUUCAACGGUCUACGAGAAAUAAAUCACGGUAUAUAAUGCAUGAUCUAAUUAAUGAGCUAGCUCAAUCUGUUGCUGGAGUGCUAUGCUUUAAUUUGGACGAUAAGUUGAAGAGCUUAAAUUCAGAUUCAAAGGUCCGCCAUUCUGCAUUCACGUGUGAUUUGCAUGAGAAAUUUGAAACCUUUGAGGGUUUUUAUGGAAUGAAUAGUUUACGAACAUUCUUAGCACUACCAUUUUUUUCGUCAAAUGAACCAUUUUCGCAUAACUUUUUACCUGCUAAGGUAGUGCAUGAUUUGGUGCCAAAAUUGAAAUGUUUAAGGGUGCUAUCACUUGCUAGCUAUCAGUUUGGGGAAUUGCCACAUUCCAUUGGUGCCUUGCAACAUUUGCGGUAUCUUGACUUGUCUUACACUAAUGUUAAAAGGUUACCUAAAUCAUUUAGUGAUCUUCACAACUUACAGACAUUGAAGUUAUAUAUGUGUAUGGAACUCGUUGAGUUGAACGCAGGCAUCGGCAAUUUAACAAACUUGAUGCACCUUGAUCUUAGAGGUACGUAUAAUUUGCAAGAGAUGCCACGGGAGAUAGCUAAUUUGACAAAUCUGCAAACUUUGUCCAAGUUUAUUGUGGGAAAAGGCAACGGACUUGGGAUAAAAGAGUUGAUGAAAUUUCCUCAUCUAGAAGGGAAGCUUCAAAUUGAGGGGCUACACAAUGUGGUAAACAUUCAAGAUGUAGGGCUUGCAGAUCUAAAGAAAAGGGAGGGUCUUGAUGAGUUGGCAUUGCUAUGGAGUGAUAAUUUGCAUGAUUCACGAAGUGAUGAGAAUGAACUUAUGCUACUCAGCUUGCUUCAUCCUCAUCAAAAGCUGGGAAAGCUAUCAGUUAAAUUUUAUGGUGGUAAGCAAUUCCCAUCAUGGAUAGGAGAUCCCUCGUUCACAAACAUGGUGGAUGUAGAGCUUCAUUGUUGCCAAAAUGUUAUACGACUACCACCACUGGGGGGACUACCCAAACUUAGAAAGCUGUGCAUAGAAGGCAUGGGUGCAGUGAAAGAAGUGGGUGUUGAGUUUUAUGGGGACAACUCUUCUUCUGUACAGCCCUUUCCAUCUCUGGAGAGACUAGAAAUUAAGAAUAUGUUGGAGUUGGAGCAAUGGGUUUGUUCUGAUGGUCUCUGUGAAGAGGCUGAUGGAAAAUUUCCAAACCUGUGUGAACUGACAAUAAUUAAUUGUCCUAAGUUGGUUGGAAAACUGCCCAGCUGUCUUCCUUCCAUCAAGAAACUCAAUAUUGAAGAAUGCCAAAUGAUGAUUCUUGAAAGUGUGCCUCAGUUGACCUCCCUCACAACCUUAAGACUUAGGAGAAUUUCUGGGUUAGAAAGUUUAAGUGAAGUGGUUACACGGGCCUUGGUGGCACUUGAAGAUUUGGAGAUUGUUGAUUGCAGUCAACUGAUAUACUUGUGGCAAGAUUUCUCUGACUUAGACAAACUUGCUUGUCUGAACCAUUUAAAGAUCGAGUAUUGUGAGAAGCUGUUGUCAUUGGUAGGGGGAGAGAAAGGUCUAAGACUUGUUUCUUUUCCACCUACAGGUUUUCCUUACAACCUUAAAAGUUUCCAUAUCAUAUCUUGUCAUUCUCUGGAGUCCAUGCCAGAGGGAAUUAUGCAUGACAAAAGUCCUGGCAAUGAGACAUCUCAUCUUGAGGAUUUGAGGGUAACAGGUUGUCCAUCUCUUUCAUCCUUUUCAAUUGGUGAAUUUCCUCAGUCAGUUAAGUGUCUUGAAUUUUGCUGUUGGACGACACAAUUAUUGGAGUCGCUUAAUGAUAGAUUCUCGCAUCUCACUGAAUUAUUAAUAUGUGAAUCUCCCAAGUUAGAGUCUUUCCCAGAAAGCGGAUUGGUCCUUCCCAAUCUUAGCACUUUAUACAUAUGGUAUUGUGUGAAUUUAAAGUCGUUACCUAAUCAUAUGCAAAAUCUCAAAUCUCUUGUAUAUCUAAGUAUAAGCUAUUGUGGAGGUUUGGUGUCCUUACCAGAAGGGGGUUUACCUCCAAACCUCAAUUAUCUUCAUAUUGGUGAUUGCAAGAAUCUGACACAGCCAAUGACAGAGUGGGGACUUCAAAGACUCACCUCUCUUAGUCAUUUUACGAUCACUGGGACAUUUCCCAGUGCAGAUUUCGUUUCCUUUCCAGAUGAGGAAGGGCAACUGCUUCCCUCUUCCCUAACCCUUCUUUGGAUGGAGGGACAUGAGAAUCUGAAAUCCAUAUCCAGAGGCCUUAACAACCUCACCUCUCUUGAAUUUUUAUGGAUUGAAGAUUGUCCUAAACUCCGAUCAUUGCCAAUGGAGGACCUUGCAAGACUUAAAUCCUUGCGUAUCUCAGGGUGUCCCCUUCUGAAAAACCGGUGCACAAAAGUGAAAGGGGAUUAUUGGCGCUUCAUUGUCAACAUCCCCCACCUUGAAAUCUCUUUUUAAAUAAAGUCUGGAAAGAAUUGUGUUCAAGAAACUUGGGACGGUUGGAUGAAGGCAUUUCACAAUUGAGAUGAUAUAACUCUUUCUUCAGGUUUUCUCUUAUUUGGAUGCUUGAAGAUCUAGCAGACAUCAUCUUUUGUUACAGCAGAAGCGAAAUUUAGUUUUAUUCUGUAUCUGGAUUUGCAGUUGCAUUGCUGCUGCCUGCUAGCAGCAUUCCAUGGUUUUAAACAGAUGCAGGGCACUUCGUCAUUGAUUUAUUUGUGUUUUUAGGUCCGCAGAUGUUUACUAAGGUUCACAGACUUACAAUCAUGACAGCUUUUAUUCAUUCACCAUUAAGUUCCGUUUGAACCCUUCUAUUAUAUGCCAAAAUUUUGUUGAAAUUAUAGAAUUCUUUCAUUAAGGUUGGCUUGUAUUUGGGAGACUUGAAGAGCUGUGGAUGUUUCCUUUUGGCUUCAGCAAGAACAGAAUUUGGAUUAUCAUAAAGCUUUUUAGGAGAAGUUAAGAAUCUAAUCCCUCUGGAGAUCAAUCAUUAUUGAUUUACAU